UUGUCGUUUUUCACAGAGUUCCGAUAGCUGCGGAUAUUAAAUCGGAAUCUCUUAUUACCUAUCUCCUCAAUAGGCUUAUCUCCGUUUGAAAAAUGCUCAAUUUGAAACAAGGAUUUAAAAAAUGCUGAAACAAGUUUUACAGUAGUUUCAUUCAUCAUGUUCCUAAAUAAAAGUGAUCGAUAAUAUUUUUCUUUUCAAAGAACAAAAAGUGUAGCGAAUCAAUUAUGAUUACAAUGAUUACUAAUUUACAUGCGCUUGAAUAGUGUGUGCAAUUGAGAGCAUAAAAUGACGUAACCAUGUCAGGCGGCAACUCAUCAAAGGGCAAGUCCCACGCCCGCCACUCCGGCUGGGAGGAGGCGGGGGGAGAGUUCUACCAAGAGUUAUACCCGGGGGCCGAGCAAGAACUCUUCGAUAACCUUCAACGAGCCGAUGCUAACAAGCUAGCGACGCUAUUGCCAUCGAAACAAGCGAGAACUACGACAGUGAAACGCGUAAGGUCUCAAAAUGAACGAAGACAAUCCACGUACGCGCGCACCACGCAGAGCCGAGACAUACAUUUGUCUAUGUUGCCAGACCUAUCAGAGAACCUGUCAAACGAGGAACGAACAUGGGAGGAGAUUAUGCAGAUCAAGGCCAUGCCGGUGCCCAUGAGCCAAAAGAGGGACCUCAAGGCCAGGCUACAGAAUGCUACAAAACUCCGUCUCGUGGGUUUCGAGCAGCUCCAAUGGCGUCAAAGAAAAGUGUGGCAUCGCUUCCGCAUCCGGUUCACAGAAGUCAUGGGCAAACUAGAACUAUGGCAGUCCCCCAUGCGAGAAAUAGAGGGCAGCUUCGGCACCGGUGUAGUAUCAUACUUCCUAUUCCUACGCUGGCUACUAUUCCUAAACCUAGUAAUAUCACUACUAGUAGUCACCUUCCUAAUAUUACCAAAGACUUUACUAGUCGAGGACCCUCAAGAAUGUAAUGAGAACCUGCCUAACUCUACUGAAUGUUGCUCCGAAGCGUAUUUGGAAAAGAAUUUAACUGACAGUAAUAUCUUUUUCGACGUAAUACAAGGCACUGGUUGGAUGGAAAGGACUAUCUUGUUCUACGGUGUGUAUAGCAACCAAAUAUAUACGUACUUCUUAGAGGGUUUGCUGAAUUCACAAAUGUAUUAUAACAUGCCAUUGGCUUAUAUAUUAGUACCUAUAUCUUGGGCGCUAUUAUCUUUGAUAGCUAUAGUCAAAACUGGAGCGAAAGGAUUCAAAGAAAGGUUAGUAGAAAGCGAAGGACAAUUCUAUAUGUAUUGCAAUCUUGUUUUUGGUGGAUGGGACUUCUGUAUACAUAAUGAUAAAUCGGCGAAAAUAAAACAUAAGGCGAUAUAUAACGAGGUCAAAGGAUGUCUUGAACAGGAGAGAUUUAAAGAAGAAAAACAGCUUCGAAGCAGAGAGACUCAGAUAUUAUUGCAUUUAAAACGAAUUCUCAUCAAUUUGAUCGUUUUUGCCAUAUUAUUAGCCUCAGGCAUACUUAUCUAUCUAACAUUUAACUAUACUAUAGAUAAACUCGGAGAGUUAUUAAGCGACGCGAAUUUGCCAUCGAAUUUCGAAUCCGCUAACGCAACACAAGCGCAACCUAUAACCUUAAGGCUAUUCAGAGAAGGAUCAUAUUCCUUUAGCCAGCUGCAAACCACCUUACUAGAGUUCCUUCCAUACAUUUGCAUCGUCGCUUUGAACAUUAUUGUACCAGAAUUAUUCAGCUAUUUGAUUAAAUUUGAAGAUUAUACUCCGGAUAGCGUUAUAAUAGUGAUGUUGCUCAGGACAGUUCUGCUCAGACUAUCUUCAUUAGGCGUCCUUUUAAGCCAGAUAUAUCACAGAAUCACAGGGAAUCAUGGUGGAGUAUGUGCAUAUAACAACGAUAAUUCUCUUGCCUUAGAAUGCUGGGAGACAUACGUCGGCCAACAAUUAUACAAACUGAUACUUACAGAUUUCGCGUUGCAAUUCUUUACAACAUUCUUCAUCAAUUUACCUAGAGCUUUGAUAGCGCGGCAUACUGUUAGUCGGUGCUUUAAAAUGAUUGGCGAACAAGAUUUCUAUUUGCCUAAACAUGUCUUAGACAUAGUUUACACGCAAACUAUCAUCUGGAUGGGUACUUUCUUCUGUCCAUUUCUACCUAUAAUCGGGACUGUGUUUUAUUUUAUAAUAUUUUACGUGAAAAAAUUCACUUGCUUGGUAAAUUGCACGCCUUCACCGGUUGUGUAUAAAGCGUCCAAAUCUAAAAGUCUGUUCAUGUCAGUGUUGCUACUAGGUUUCGUUGUUUCUAUCGUACCUGUAGCUUAUUCUAUCGCUGAAAUAUAUCCUUCAGUUAACUGUGGGCCUUAUAGAGGUUUAACAACUGUGUGGUCAUUCGCUGUAAGCACUUUUAUAAAUCUACCGCCCGCUGUAAGAGAAGUCGUUUUCUUCAUAGGAACGUCAACUUUCGCUAUCCCAGCCUUCGCUGUAAUGCUUUUCGCUUUGUACUACUAUUGGGCUGUAGCGGCAGCUAAUAGGCACAUGGUGGUAGUACUGAAGAAUCAACUAGUCCUCGAAGGACAUGAUAAGCAAUUCUUGCUGAACAGAUUGAGCGCUUUCAUUAGACAGCAUCAGAAGAGGUGUGAGAGGAGGAAUAGAGCUAGUUUUGCGGACGAUGAUUCGUCUAUUAGGCAGAGCUCUAGGUAGUCUGGUUUUU